UUCUUCAAUCUUUUAUAAACCAAUUCUUUGAGGAGCUUUUCACACCAAUGGCAGACGAAGUGAUUCUACUGGGAUUCUGGUACAGCCCUUUUGUGGCGAGGGUGAAAAUAGCCUUGGCUGAAAAAGGGGCGGAGUACGAGUAUAGAGAAGACAACCUGUGGGACAAAAGUCCUCUGUUGCUGGAAAUGAACCCUGUUAAGAAGCAAGUCCCGGUUUUGAUACGUAACGGAAAGCCGAUAAGCGAGUCGGUGAUCAUUGUCCAGUACAUCGAUGAGGUGUGGAAGAACGAAUCUCCUAUUUUGCCUUUUGAUCCUUACAAGCGAGCGCAAGCCAGGUUCUGGUCUGAUUUCGUGGACAACAAGAUAUAUACUCUUGGGAAGAAAGUGUGGUUAUCAACAGGUGAAGACCGAGAAGUUGCAAAGAGUGAGCUUGUAGACGGCGCCCUUAAGCUAUUGGAAGGGGAAUUAGGAGACAAGCCAUACUUUGGGGGGGUGAGGACUUUUGGCCUAGUAGAUGUGUCACUGAUUCCAUUCUCUAGUUGGUUCUACGGGAUUGAGCAGUGGGCAAAUAUCAGCAUGGAGGCAGAGUGCCCUAAACUAGUUGAUUGGGUUCAUAGGUGCAUGAAAAGGGAGAGGGUGUCCAAGUCUAUUCCAGACCAGCACAAGCUGUAUGAUUUCUUCACUGAGACAAAGAAAGAUUGGUUCUAA